AUGUCACAAGGCCAAAUGAGAUCAAAAAAUGAUCUCUUAAACAGCACAUUCUAUUCAUCUACAUCGAUAAAUACUAUGGACCAUGCUAAGACAUUUAGAAACUCAUUGAUUCUGAAUGUUUUAUCUGACAACAGUAUUGCUAACUCUACUGAUAAAGAUGAAGGUAAUUACUCUACAAUAGCGGAUGAUGGAGGUGAUGUAACGUAUGUUGAAGAUAAUGAAAGUGACAUCGCAGUCAAGCGAGAUGAGGAUAGUAAUUCAUCUACACUCUCUAACAAUGAGUCUCAGCCUAACAGAUCUAACUUAUUGAAAAAAAACGAAAUACAAACCAUAAAUAUGACUACAUCACCAUCUUUAAGUGCAUUAGCAAAUAUACUUCAAGAGAAAUCAAAAAAUGCUGAUAAGAAGAUGAGAAAUAGCGGACUACUGAACAUAUCGGAAGAUAACGAAGUAGUAGAAAAUAACUAUACUAAUAUUACAAAUUCUAAAACAGUUGGCAACAGUUUGCAACAAAAACCACAGAUAGACCUGAUAAACUCUCCUAAUUUGAUAGAUAUUGAUGGUUCACAAACAGUUAAUUAUACACAAAUUAACUCCAAUGAUUAUGACCAACCUGAUUUUUUAACUACACCUAAAAUCCAGCCUGAUUUAGGCAAUAAACCUACUUAUGCAUCUAAUCUAGAUUGUAUACAAGAGAGCCCUGUCCAGGAAACAUCUAAUUUGAAACAGUUUGAGCAUGUUGAGAUUCAAUCAAUGCCCAAACAGUCCCGUUCGGCAUCUCUACCAAAACUCGAACCAGUUUCUGCAGAACAGUCUACAAUCACAAAUUUGAAAAUAGUGGAAGCACAACCUCAAAUUCAUGUACAACCUAUAAGCGAAUCAGAGGUUAAACAAGAAUCACAAAAUGAUGGGGGACAUUUACUAGAAAAACACAGGGAUAAUCACAAUGGUGACGAUUCCAAUACCAAUUUUGCUAAUAAUGGAAAUAAAUACCCGCUAACAGAGAAUAGAAACUUCUCAACCACUUCCCUUCCCUAUACUACAAUACAUUCCGCUGGCCAACCUAUCAAAAGAUCUGUAACAAAUGAACAAAUAAAGAACAAUCUUUUACGGAAGGGGCCAAGGGUUGACCCCAAAACUAGAGCGACGAGAACUGUAUCGACAGGCCCUGUACUAGAACAAAUAUCUGACUACAAAGAAAAGAAAGGUUUCUUCUCGUUUUUGAAAAGAAAGAAUAAAAGUAGCAGCGCUAGCGGUGAUAAGAGGAAAAAUAAUAACAAAACAGUACAUCAGCAAGAAAAUAAGCGUGCUUUUUCAAACAGCAACAAUUCUGUUGUUAGCUCACCUAAUGAUGUGAAUUCGGGGAGAAAAAAGGAGCCUAUUAAAUCACAAAGCAGUAAUACAUUAUUUAGCAAUUUCAGGAAGAAGAAGAGUGAAAGGAACCAAAUUAGCAAUGAUUUCGAUAAUAACGAAUUGAACAUUUCCAAGACUCGCAUAGUGCAUGCAGAAACAGAGAGUCAGAGCCUACUAAAAGAUGGAUCUCAUUUCACUGGUACCGAAUCAGAAGUGAAUAUCAGAAAACCUACACCGCUAAACAUAGACUUACAGAUUAAAAAUGAUCCAGAGCUAAUUGAGAGUACAACUAGACAAAAUGAUGAAAAGAACGACAAUAUCAGUGAAUAUCGCGAGUCCCCUGCAUUCAGCUUGCCUAGACCCGAUGCUGGUGAGGCACUGUUUCCAAAGUUUCUAAACUCCUUUGAAGUUGAUUCAAUUGUCUCAUUAGAGCGUACGAGAUCCAUGAAAUCAAAUAAAAGGAGUUCUAUAACAUCACACAGACGCUCUCUGACAGAUACUCUAUCCAUAAAUGCACAAAAUGAAGGGAUGUUCAUUAAAGAAGUUGGCCCAAUGGUAAUUUCUACUCCUGAUCUAACCAAAUCCCCAGCCAGUAGCAUUCUUCGAAAUGGUAUGUUUGAACCUCCUACUAUUUCUUCUACUAUUGAAUCUUCUCCACAACCUGCUGGUGUUGUUGAACUUGACCAUUCACAUGAUGACUAUGGUAGAACUCAAUAUGAAUAUGAGGAAGAGCAGUAUGAUACCAAUGCUUUCAAUGUGGAAAAUAUGGAAGCUCAAUUCAAUCAACUAAUUUCGACAGAUGACACUAUUACUAAUAGAGAACCUAUACCAAAUUUGACUAAGAAGGAGGAUUUAAUAUAUGAGGAGGAUGAACAAUUAAUAACUGAUAUUAUGGAUUUUGCGAACAUAAUUGAUUUUGGUGACGAACUAGAUGUAGGAUUAGGUAUCAAUUAUAAUAGUCAGGAACUGUUACCAAACAACAAUAAACUGGUGGAGAGCAUGUAUGAUCAAGGAACAGAAAAAGAAACUACACAACAAAUUGAAACUAGAGCAGCUGAACAGAAGAGCUCACUUACUGAAGAAAAUGAAGAUGUCUUUAAAUACAAGAUUCCACAAGACAGAAUUGAAACUUCGUUACCUUCACCACCUGCUAGCACUCCUGGAAACUAUCAAGUUCUUGACAAUAAGGUUAUUGAUCCUAAUGAAUUUGAGAACGAGGACUUCAAUGAAAUUGAUGACAGUCAACUAGAAUAUGAGCAAAACUUACAUCAAAUUGAUGAAAAUUGGGCGACCAAAUUAAGAAAGUAUGAAGGACUAGGCUUACAGGAGCCUGCUUUGAAUCUUCUUCAAAUACCAGAGACUGGCUCUCAUGGAAUCCCUCAGCUGAAAGUAUGCUUCUCUUCCGAGAUAUUACUUUUUGAGACUUAUGGAGAAGAAGAGUAUGACAGACGCCCAGAUAUUGCAACCUGUAACCAAUUAACACCACAAUUGGCUCAAAUGAUUAAAGCUGAACUCAAUGAAAUAAAAGAUGAGAUGGAAAUUCAUGAAGAAUCUAAAUGUUAUACCCACUACUAUUGA